AUGGAUGUGGUGCUAGAGGGUAGUGGCUCUGGCGCAGGCUCGGGCUGUGAGUACUGCUGGAACGCCUCUGGCUGGGACUACUGGGAGGAUUGGAGUCCAAGCCAGUCGCUCUUCAGCGACCUGGAGCUGGUCGUUGUGACAACGCUGUGCAUUCCACUGUUGCUGCUUGGCCUCGUGGGUAACGCACUUACCAUCCUGGUGGUCUGGCGCUGCCCGCAGAUGAGGAGCACCACGUACCUGUAUCUGAGCAGCAUGGCUGUGUCAGACAUCCUCAUUCUCCUGCUCAUGCCACUGGACUUGUACAAGCUGUGGCGCUACCGGCCGUGGUUGCUAGGCGAGGCCGUGUGCAAGCUGUCGAUGUUCGCCAGCGAGUGCUGCACCUUCUCCUCCAUCCUGCACAUGACGGCUCUCGGGGCUGAGCGUUACCUGGCCGUCUGCUUCCCGCUGCGUGCACGCCUCCUGGUCACACGGGGCCGUGUGCGCGUGCUGCUGGCUGCCCUGUGGGUGGUGGCCUUCCUGAGUGCUGCCCCCGUGCUGGCCCUGGUGGGCGUGGAGCGUCUGGACGUGGGUGGGCUGGAGGGCGGCCUGACCGAGUGCCGCUGCACGCAGUACGCACUCACCUCGGGUCUGCUGGCCGCCAUGCUGUGGUUGUCCAACCUCUACUUCCUGGUGCCACUCGGCCUGCUCUCGUUGCUCUAUGGCCUCAUCGCCCGGAGGCUAUUCCUACGGAAACAGACUCACAGAGACCGCGGGCAUCGCCAGACACUGAGGAUGAUGGUGGUGAUAGUGGUGGCAUUUGUUCUGUGUUGGCUACCCUUCCACGUUGGCCGGACCCUCUUCUCUGUUUCGGCCGACUCCAGUCCUGAGCUCUACACUGUGUCCCAGUACCUGAACCUGGUUUCCUUUGUGCUCUUCUACCUGAGCGCCGCCAUCAACCCGCUUUUGUACAAUACCAUGUCCACCCGUUACCGAGCUUGCGUACGGUCCCUGCUUACACUGGCCAACAGCGCCACCACAGAGAUCCGCCACGGGGUCCAUCGAGGUCAGCUCACUCCCCAACACUCACACUCCAGCUCUCAUAUCUGA